GGAAAUUCAAAGAAGAGGAACUAUGGUUCACAAACCAGCUGCUAUUGUUCAAUACAAUUCUGGCAAGAGCUCCAUUAACCUCUCCGACCAGAUGUCGAGUUAUAGUUCUUCCUUGAGAAAAUCCAUCAGAUGGUACAAAAAAUUGGCUGUGGAACUACUAUUAGGGACGUCAAUGGUGAAUGCCCACAUAAUUUAUGAAACUGUUGAACAAAACCGCAUUCCGAUAAACGAUUUCCGUAUAUCGGUGGUCGAAGAUUUACUGAAAUACGAAGAAAACCCUGAUUAUGGACCCGUCAAUCAAUCCAAGAGUCUCAGAACACAUCAAUUUAACUAUCAGUCUGAGCAAAAUCAAGCAACAGUACAGGAACACGUGUCUACGGCCGUAAUUGAAGUGUUGAAAGAAUUCCGCGGAGUUAAUGUGCCAACACAAAAACAGAAGAAAAAGAAAAUUAAUGUCCAACCAGGAAGGAGCAUAUGUGUAGAUGACCUCAAAGGAUAUCAUAAUAAUUCAUGCACAGCUGAAGAAGACAUAAUUCAAGAAGAAACUGAAAAUGAAGAGUUUGAACAACUAGAACAGAAACCAGAGUCUAUAGAUGAAGCACCCUUAGAAUAG